AUGUCAACCCCGUCUACAGCCACUGCGACGCAUCCCUCUCAUCACCAGGCUUACGGAUACCCUCAUCACCCCCCGUAUCAACCGAAUCCUUCCUACCCGACUUCGACCGCUGCGGCAGGAACUCGCCUCGCGAAUCCUUACCCUGUUUCGGUUUCUUCUCCCACAACUACCACCCUUCCCUACGCUCAACCUCCCAGAAUCCCCCCGGCAACGACCCCAUCAGCCAUGACCCAUCAAAGUGGCUCCAGUGCGGCUCCCUCUGGCGGGAGCCGUAAGAAGAAACCAGACUGGACCGAGUUCUACAAGAAUGGCCUUCCUAAGGAAGUCAUUGUGAUCGACGAUAGUCCCGGACCAGAGCCCUCCAGUGGUGCCCCAGCUCGUCCUGCAUACGCUGCUGCCAGACAACCUCCGGCGGCUCCUCAACCCGCUGGAAAGAGGCGGCGCACGGGGAUUGAGACUGCCUACGAUCUGGGUCACUAUGAUCGCCCGUCCUUCUCAAUCAAUCCUCAACAUUACGGCGAGGAAUCUUCGGCUACUUCUCUAUCGACCGAUCGAACCGCAUCUUUACACACAACAGCCCCGACAUCGCUUGGUUCACAAGGCAGUUCGGGCGCGAGCAACGGUGUAUAUUAUGAGGACAACACAGUGGGUCAAAAGCGGAAACGCGCCACCCGGAAGUCGACCCGCGAUGAGCAAAAGCGACGAGAGUUGGAGACCAACGGGGACGCAUUCCUAAGUUAUGUCCCUCCGCCGAAGCCGCCGAUCAAGGCAAAGGAUGUCCCUGUGCCUGUUAUCCGCGAUUACACAAGUACCUUGAACAAGAAGUUCGAUGAUGACGAUGGCCAUUACAUUGUCACACCUGACACGCCAUUAACAGAUCGAUACUCUGUGAUCAAACUUCUAGGACAAGGCACCUUCGGCAAAGUAGUCGAAGCCUAUGAUAAGCAGCGCAAGGCUCGCUGCGCAGUCAAGAUUAUACGCUCGAUCCAAAAGUACCGAGAUGCAUCUCGUAUCGAGCUGCGAGUCCUGUCAACUCUGGCUUCGAACGACAAAAGCAACCGCAACAAAUGCAUUCAUCUACGGGAUUGCUUCGAUUUCCGAAAUCAUAUCUGCAUUGUCACCGAUCUUUUAGGACAGAGCGUGUUCGAUUUCCUCAAGGGCAAUGGCUUUGUGCCAUUCCCGAGCAGUCAAAUCCAGCAGUUCGCUCGCCAGCUGUUUACAAGCGUUGCCUUUCUCCAUGAUCUGAACCUCAUCCAUACCGACCUCAAACCCGAAAACAUCCUCCUCGUCAGCAACGCCUACCAGACCUUUACCUACAACCGCACCAUCCCGUCUUCUUCACAUGCCACGAAUCGCAAUGCGCGCCAGCGCCGCGUCCUUCUCGAUGGCGAAAUCCGUCUCAUCGACUUCGGUUCCGCCACCUUCGACGACGAAUACCACUCAUCCGUUGUCUCCACUCGUCACUACCGAGCUCCGGAAAUCAUAUUGAAUCUAGGCUGGAGCUUCCCAUGUGAUAUCUGGAGUAUUGGGUGUAUCCUGGUUGAAUUCUUCACCGGGGAUGCUCUGUUCCAGACACAUGACAACCUUGAACAUCUGGCAAUGAUGGAGGCCGUGAUUGGCAGUCGGAUCGACACUGGUCUGGUGAAGAAGGUCAUGGCGGGUGGCCGAAAUGGGAACAGCAACUCUGCUGCAGAGUACUUCAACCGAUACAAGCUCGACUAUCCCAACACUGAGACUACCCGGGCCUCGCGGAAGUACGUGCGUGCGAUGAAACCUCUGACGGAGUUCAUCCCCACAUCUACCCCAUUCAACCGGUCAUUCCUCGAUCUAUUACGAAAAAUCUUCGUGUACGAUCCUAAGAACAGGAUCACUGCCAAGGAGGCAUUGAAACACCCGUGGUUUAAAGAGACCCUCGUCGACGAUGGCACCGAGGCUUACCGGAUAGGCCAGGGACUCCACCGUCAAGGGCGUUCCUAG